GUCUAAGUUUUGUAGUUCCUGUGCAGUUGACCUGUCAGCGUUGUAGUACAAGCUGUCACUGCCGCUAAUUUAUUUGUCCUUCUGGAGGUUACAGUCUCCCAGCGGCAGCGACACCAGGGCUUCUCACGCUCAGGACUGUUUGUUCUCACUGUCGCUGCUGCUGUCAGCUAAUCGGCGAGCUAACGGCUAAAGUUAGCUAACGAGCCCACCAACUUGACAGCUAGCUUGCUGGCUAGCUAGCGCUCGACGGUAGCUAGCUGCGUUAGCUAUCCAGGCUGCUGCUCGUAGGAGGGGAGGAAACCGCCCACUCCUGCUAAACUACCAGCCAUUCCGGACAAAAGAGUGAACGAUGGAAGCCGAAAGCUCCAGUGAGAUGCUGCUGACCAGGAAGAGAAGAAGAGAGAGCUCCAAUGGGGACAAAGAUGAGGGCGAGAGGCAUGUGAAAUUCCCCAGAUGCACUGUGGGACUGAAGCACCCUGCACCUUUCGCAGAUGAGCUGGAGCCAGCUGAUAAACCCUAUCAGAGGGUCAACAUGGAGACGGCCAAGAGGGGAACACCACCUGACAGACCAGUGCGGGUGUAUGCAGAUGGCAUCUUUGAUGUUUUCCACUCUGGUCAUGCCAGAGCUCUCAUGCAGGCUAAAUGCCUCUUCCCAAAUACACACCUCAUCGUUGGAGUGUGCAGUGAUGACCUGACCCACACAUACAAGGGCUUCACAGUGAUGAAUGAGGAUGAGCGCUAUGAUGCCAUCAGACACUGCCGCUACGUGGACGAAGUGGUGCGAAACGCCCCCUGGACGUUAACGCCAGAAUUCCUCGCAAAACAUCGCAUUGACUUUGUGGCCCAUGACGACAUCCCAUACUCCUCAGCGGGCAGUGAUGACGUGUACAAGCACAUUAAAGAAGCUGGUAUGUUUGCUCCGACCCUGCGGACAGAGGGCAUCUCCACCUCUGACAUCAUCACACGCAUCGUCCGUGACUACGAUUUGUACGUGAGACGUAACCUACAGAGAGGAUACACAGCCAAGGAGCUCAACGUCAGCUUUAUCAACGAGAAGAAAUACCACCUGCAGGAGCGCGUAGAUAAGGUGAAGAAGAAGGUGCGUGACGUGGAGGAGAAGAGCAAGGAGUUUGUGCAGAAGGUGGAGGAGAAGAGCAUCGACCUCAUUCAGAAAUGGGAGGAGAAAUCCAGGGAGUUCAUCGGCAACUUCCUGCAGAUGUUUGGACCUGAGGGAGCUCUGAAACACAUGCUGAAGGAAGGAAAAGGCCGCAUGCUGCAGGCCAUCAGCCCCAGGCAAAGCCCCAACAGCAGCCCCACCCGCGAGGAGCGCUCGCCGUCUCCCACUUUCCGUCUCCCCUUCUUCACCAAGACCUCCCCUCCACCCUCACCUCCGCCCCACCACAGCGGCGCCCGCGGAUACCUCAUCAGCGAGGACGACGACGAAGACGACGAAAACUGAAUCGUCAGCUUUGUCGAUCCACGGCCAGAGUGCUACCAGUUAGCUGAGCUGUCGAGUAGCGUGGUUUUCGUCAAGCUCCUGCUUCCAUCUUACGUUCUUUUCAUUUUAUUUUGAUGUUUAGCACCUCAGUGUCACGUUAACUUUAACAACCAGUUUCUCCACAGCUCUUGUUUUUAAACAGCCAAUUAUGUCCCUGUGUAACGGUCAGUAAAAGUUACCACUAGUCACUUGAGUUCUUUGAAAAUUCGUCUCAUUAAUCUCAGUCACUUUUGAUGUUGAUUUUUAUUAGACAAUGCCACUUAGGAAUAUCUGCACGUGUCACACUCUGUGUCGCACUCUGUGUCACACUCCGUGCACACUUCCAUCUCUAACGGUGUUCUUCAGGUUUGCAUUGUAGGAGUUUGUGGUUUUGUUCUUGUCAUGACUUUAGCGGGAGGGGCUCGCAGGGGUUUCGGUCACUUGUUGGAACAGCACAUGUUGCCUUGGUGUGCGAGAGGUGACGCUGUUGAAUUUAUCCUGGAGUAGGUCAGAAAACUGAAGGUUUUAAUGAUCUGCUCAUUUAAUGGGGCAGUUUGCUAACAUGAAAUCAACCCGGCUUUUUAUUAACUACCAGGGGAAACAAUCAAACCAGAGCUGAAUCUGAGAGUAACGGUGUUAAUCGUCCACUGAACAGCAGGUUUUUUCUGAAGUUUGUCGCCUGCUUUGGGGCUGCGUGCGGCUGCGUGUAUGUGCAUGUGGUGUUUUUUGCGUACAAGCUCUAAAAUAACAUUGGCAUGUUUGAAUUGUCUCCUGUCAACAUUCUCCAUCUGUUGACAGUUCUGGGUUCAGCUUGACUUUACUGCAUUUAGUAACAAAUUUGCUUACACGUUUGUUUUUGUUUUUGUCUGCGGAAGGAAAUAGGUCUUUGAAAGAGACGUAUCAAACUGGACGCCUUUUUAAAUGUGGCAGAAGAUAAUUCUCGUAAGGAUGGCAGGGAGAACCCCUUGAAAUGUUGAUGUAGAAACUUAUUUUUGUAGAUUUCGUCUUUCCUUUCUUUAUCCUCUGUACAGAUGUGAUCUUAAUCAUCACCCUUGUAGAAGCACUUUUUCAUGCUGAGCCAAGAAUCAACGUGAGAAAGGCUGGACUUCUUUCCUUUUUUGUGAUGCAGAUCUGGGCCAUUGGGGAGUCAGCAUUUUCCCUCUGAUACACAUGAUGCUAAGGGAGAGUUUGAGGUUUUAGAGAACAGUCUCUAUUUGUAAGAAAUCCCGUCUUUUGUUUAGUUGGAAUUAUGAGCACAGCAGGUUUCUUUAAUGUGUUCCCCUCAUUGGUCACACACAAAUACACACAGAAAUACACACAUGGAUCUGGGGUUUUAGAAACCAGGCACUAAUCAGGACUUUAAUUGAAAAGAGUCUGUGCUGCAGUCUGUGUCUGCGUAGAGCUGCGUGUUUGUGGCCUGGACUGAGUUUCACAUGUGGGUUUGGGUUUAUGUAUCGGUGAAAGUCCAGUUUUUUUUUUUGUAGCUACCUCCUUCUUCCCUAAACUGAUUCUCUUUUCUUUAGAUGAGCACAAGGUGUGAGCGUUAUAAUUUUUCCUUUCUGAACAGAGCCAUUGUUACAGCACUGAACCAAUGUGACUGGUUAAAUAUUUGAUUUUCAGGCCUCGGUGUGUGUUUGUGUGCGCGCGAGUGUGUAUUCAUCCUGCAUCUCCAGUGACAAUAAAGCAUGUGUUGUCUCCUAUAUAACCGAUAAUGAACCAUCACAGGUGACCUGAAGAUGUAAUGCAAUACUGUUAAGACGACUCCAAUAUAAAUGUUGACGGAUCAAUCUGUUCUAGGCUUGGUUUCUCAAAAGCACCUGUGGUUUAAAAUCGGUCUUUGCUGCAGCGAUAGAAACUGGCUCGAAUCUCGUGUGUUGUAUGUCCGAUUUUAAGAUUUGCGGAGGAGGGGGUAACGGUAAAGAAUUCCCAGUUAUAAAUGUUCUACUUUUGAUCUUUAAAAGUACAAAACUCGACUAAUCUGCUGAGGAAAUCCAGCCUAGAUUUUGGUGCUAAGCUACUUUUGGGAAGCCUUGCCUUGAUUCUUGUGGAAUCUGUUCUUUUUAAAAAUCAGUGUGAAACUUCUCAGAGCAUGUUGUCCAUGUCGGUAAAAGACUUGAGGGGCGAGUCAGUGACAGCCACUGCUGCAAAGAUUAACUAAAUGUAAAUGUUUUAACAGCAAGUGUUUUAAUCAAGUGUUAUUUUACUGUUUGGGGUUCAUUUUGUUUUACGUCCUGGAUGUAGAGGAAGAAGACAGGAAAAAUGUAUUAAACAAUGUCGGCCAAAGCA